ACCCCAAAACAAAAACCAAAAAAAUUCACAGAAACUCGGAAAGACCCAUCAACACAUACAAGAACAAAGACUUCUUCUUCUUCUUCUUCUUCUUCUUCUCCCCGCCACCCACAGCUCCACAAGCAAUUGCUCCCCUCUUCUCCUCCUCCUCAUCUCAUCAGAUUUAUAGGGUUUUUCUUCUGUCCUCUUAUUUCUGCGUACAUAUUUAUAUUCAGACUGCAAACCCGAAGCUCGAUCUGUACAUAGUUUGAUCGGAUUCCACUACCAUCAUCCAUGGAGGGAAUGGAAGAGAGCAAGAAGCCGGAAGCGCAUUUAACGUCUGCUGCGGCUUUCGUGGAAGGAGGCAUUCAGGAUGCCUGUGAUGAUGCUUGCAGCAUAUGUCUUGAAGACUUUUGUGACAGUGAUCCAUCAACUCUGACCACUUGCAAGCAUGAGUUCCAUCUUCAAUGCGUCCUUGAAUGGUGCGUCGAUUUUAACCCUCGAAUUUUGAUUUCCGUGGUGAAAAGUUCUACUCGUGAUGAUGGCAAUGGUAGUGUUCAGUUGCUAUUAAACUGCCCUCCUGUGCCAAAGAAGCUCCCAGUGCCCAAUGUGUUGGCAAUCUAUUUCCCUGAAGGAUCCAACCAGGAACUGCUCGAAGCUGUAGAACGUGAGAGAAAUAUGAGAUUGAAUCCACCUAGGAAUUCUGCCAUAUUUCAUCAUCCAACUCUGGGGGACUUCGAAUUGCAACAUCUGCCAGUUGGUAUAAAUGAAGCUGAACUUGAAGAGCGUAUAAUUCAGCACCUGGCUGCUGCUGCUGCAAUGGGACGACGUCAUGUUUCUCGAAGAGAAGGUUCCCGACAUAGGUCAUCAUCUCAAAGCCGUCCACAAUAUGUAGUGUUUUCUAGUCAUCAUAAUGGGCCAGCCACUGGUCCAACUGGCGCUUCCCCAACUCAGAGAGGAGAGGUUGAACCGGGUUCAAUGGCUACACUAGCGGCACCAUCUUCUCCGGUCAGAGGUGUUGGUGACUCUUCUCCCCUUCCAAAUAGUAGAGAAGCAUCUCCCCAAGUGGCUACACCAUUAUCAAGAAGUGGCCAUACUAGCUCACCCGCUUCUGGCUCUGGUGUUGUCAUCAGCCAACAUAGAACUUCCCCAAACACUGGAUCUCCUAGUCAGUCUUCGCCAGAUAGUCAAGACAGAGCCGGGCCAUCUGAACUCCAGUCCAUCUCAGAUUCCAUCAAAUCUAAGCUUAAUGCAGUUUCAAUGAGAUAUAAGGAAUCAAUAUCGAAGAGCACAAGGGGUUGGAAGGAGAGAUUCUUUUCACGCAACACUGCAAUGGCAGACCUCAGUUCUGAUGUUAGAAGAGAGGUUAAUGCCGGAAUUGCAACGGUUUCUCGCAUGAUGGAGCGUCUGGAUUCUAGAGAGAAAGAAGAAAUAACAAGCACUUCUUCGGCAUCAAACGGAGAGGUGGAUAAUAAUGCAGCCCAAGAAAACAACCAUGAACAUAUAUCAGAAGCUGGCGGCGAUGAAGGCAUUCUAGCUGGUACUGGCACCGGCAUCAAUAUGCAUGCUCCACCUGCUGCUGCUUCUGGUACAAAUUGAUAAAGGUUCAGCAAUUGCUUCAACUCGAAGGAUUUCAGUUAGAUCAGGUAUGUACGGUCUCCACUCUCUUUGACUCUAGCCUGAGCAUGCUACAACUAUAUGAUUUCAUCGUUAUAAUGCUCCCCAUCCUGCCAUGAAGCAAUGGUGGUCUAUGAUCGUCACCUUGUGUAAUUCUCCUUUGCAGAUCUCAUCGGAUGGAUGGAUCGGUUUGAGUGCAAUUGUUGAUUGAUCAAUAGAGAAAGAGCUUCAUGAUUCAGAAUAAAGAAAAGGCUAUUCUGGAUUUGGACUGGGAAAGACAUACCUAUUACACAUAAUAUAUAUAUAAAGAUAGAUUCUUAUCAUCAUUGUAUAUUAGACUCACUGCGAGGAUUAUAUAUAAUAAUAGUAUGUACCUUAAAUUGUCACUUUGAUGCUGUCAUAGAUGCUUCUUUGAUGGUGCAGUGGAACUUUGAGGCUGAGGCACGUUUCCUGUCCCCCUUUCCCUCACCUCUUUCUCUAUUUAUUC